AGCUGAGGAGAAAAGUUUAGUUGCAGACAUGAUGGCUGGCUGUGUGUAGCGUAGUCGAAGUCCGAUCAAAAUGAGGCUGUAACAGAGCUCAUUUUCGGUAAAAGCUGAUUUUGUCAGUCUAUCAAAGCAAGAAAAAGUGAUCAAGUUUCUACUUGUGCUGUGAUUUGUGAAAACUAGUUCCUAUCUGCUUGGAUAAUGUGUUUUUGUUGAGUGUUGUGUACAAGGGGCUAUUGAUCCUUGAAGAGCUGUGCAAGACAAAGAAGUCUUGCCAUGUAUCUUAGUGUUGUGAAAUAUGUGAAUUAAUUCAAACACGCCAACAUGGAGAUCGUGGGAGACUACGAGUACAACAGCAAAGACCUCAUCGGUCACGGAGCUUUCGCUGUCGUCUUCAGAGGACGCAAACGAAAGGAUCCCAACUAUGUAGUAGCUAUUAAAAGUAUUUCCAAGAAAAGUCUUGCUAAAUCACAGAAUCUCCUGGGCAAGGAGAUAAAAAUUCUAAAGGAAUUAACUGAACUACAUCAUGAAAAUGUUGUGGCACUCUUGGAUUGCAAGGAAUCACCUCUUCAUGUUUUUCUGGUUAUGGAGUACUGCAAUGGGGGUGAUUUGGCAGACUAUUUAAGUGUUAAAGGUACUUUGAGUGAGGAUACCAUCCGUCUCUUUCUUCGACAACUAGCUGGAGCUAUGAAAGCUUUAUAUGCAAAGGGAAUUGUGCAUCGAGAUCUAAAGCCACAAAAUAUUCUUUUGAGUCAUUCUGGUGGAAAACCAUGCCCACAGCCUCAAGAGAUUAGACUUAAAAUUGCCGAUUUUGGCUUUGCAAGGUUUUUGCAAGAUGGUGUCAUGGCUGCUACACUUUGUGGCUCUCCUAUGUAUAUGGCUCCUGAAGUUAUCAUGUCACUUCAAUAUGAUGCUAAAGCAGAUUUGUGGAGCUUGGGCACCAUUGUAUUCCAGUGCCUUACUGGAAAAGCCCCUUUCCAGGCUCAGACUCCACAAGCACUCAAAUUAUUUUAUGAGAAAAAUGCUAAUUUAUCACCAAAAAUUCCGGCUGGCACCUCCCCUGAGCUGAAAGAUCUACUCUUAGGUCUUUUGAGAAGAAAUGCUGUACAGCGUAUGCCGUUUGAUGCUUUCUUCUCUCACCCGUUUCUACAGCGAGAAGCUGAACCCAUACCUGCUCCCCAAAUUCCUGGUGAACUUCCCCCUUCACCACGUGCUUUAUUCCAGCCUCCAGCUACACAGAGUCCAACUCACAAGGCACGUUUAGAUACGUGUGGAUCUCAACCUGGGUCUCCUGUGUCAGGCCGUGAGCAUGGAAGCAGUUCAAGUCCUGAAGAUACUGACGAUUUUGUUUUAGUGCCGGCCAAUAUUCCAUCUGACCAGUCCUCCGACAGCAAUCCUGACAGACCGUCUCGAACAAGAACGUCAAGUACAUCAGCUGCAAGUCCUCCACGACCUAGUUAUCUACCUAUAUCUGAGCCUAUUCCUGUUCCUACUCAUAGAGAUGCUUUCCAGCAGAGACAAUCUGUUCAUUCUCAGCAGGAUAAUGAACCUUCUAAGGGUUCUGUGCCUCGUUCACAGCCCAUCAAUAUGAAACGUGCUGCUGACCAGCGAGCUCCCAAUGCUACUCCUGAUUUAAGUUCUCUUUCACCUCCAGCUGUUCAGUUUAUGAUUGGCACUCCGCCUAAUGGUGGGUGUGGACAGCGACGACGGUCUGCAUCUGGUAGCUCCUGUGAGACACCUCCUCCUGUCAGUACUUGGCAAGUCACUCCCACCAGUUCGCCUUUGCGAAGAUCAGGAGCGAGCUCUCCCCUUCUGUCUGGACCACUUGCAGUCCUCCCUUCCAUACUGGGUUCCCCUAACAGAAUGUCAGAUAAUAAUAACAUGAGAGGAUCACCCUUGAUGCCAUUUGGUUCAAGGGCCAUGACUCUCCCAGAAAUUUCAGAAGCUGGCAAUUUCCAACGCUUGUUCCAAGAUACAAACCAGCCAACCAAUAUUGAUGCACCUAUGACAUUCAUUGCACCUGAACUACCUGAGGAAACAUUGCUAGAGCGAGAACACAAUGAGACUUUAGCCAAACUGCAUUUUGUUCUGGCAUUGUCUGAUUGUGUACUUGAACUGGCUGGAACAAGAGGAACACCACUUGCUGCUCUGACAGAGAGUGUGAAUUUGGGGAAUGCUGGAACUCCUAAUGGUUCAUCAAACAACACAGGCAAUGGUGUAAUGUCAGAGGGUGCUCGGAGGGCUGAGCAACUGGUUCUCUUGGUGAGAGCCCUUCAGCUUCUGAGUUCUGGUCUUAACCUUGCCACACAACAAAUUCGAGCUGGACAUUUACAGCCUUCUUCCUCUGUUAAAAGUGUGGUUGGCAUAAUGAAUACGAAGUUUCGGCAAUGCCUUGCGGAUUGUAAGCAGCUUAACACCCCAGGUCUUCUGCAAAAAGCAGGGGUUGAUCCAGCAACUACAAAUAUUGCUGCUGAUAAAAUACUUUACAAUCAUGCUAUUCAAAUGUGCCAGUCUGCAGCCUUGGAUGAAUUGUUUGGCAAUCCAGAAGAUUGUUUCCAAAGGUACCAAACAGCCCAAAUCCUAUUGCAUUCCUUAUCUCAACAAGUUCAUCAUCAACAAGAUAGAGCUCUUCUGACAAAAUACAAAGAUGCUGUUGAGAAGAGGCUUUUUGUUUUACAACAACAAGGAUUUAUCUAUUCAACACAUUGCUUCACUCAUCUGGCAUGAAAGUACUAUUUAAAUUGUUGCCAUCUAUGCCUUUAACUGCUACUUUAAUCACUUGCAUUCUCAAUGUCUGCAAUAACAUUACUUAGUAGCUGAAUAGGAUAGCUUCUUCAAUAGAUUUCAGUGUCAUAGAAUCAAGAAGAAAGAUAAUUUUUUUACUUCACCCUUACAUUUCAUUCAUCUAUCCAUUCUUCUCCCCUUACCAUAAUAGGUCCCCCCUCCCCCUUGUUUGGCUGCAUUAUUCUUUUCUUUUCUGUCCAUAAUUUGUGGGCCAGUUGACAGGUUUUUGUCCCACAUUCAAAUUAGACUUUAAGUUGACAUGAGUCUUAUUUCGACUGAUUAGUACCCCUCCCCCCUUUUUUGUUGUUGUUGAAGUAUGGAAGCCAAGUGACUAUUUUUGUAAUCCUGCCCUUUCCUUAGUGUCGAGUCAGUGUGGCAAGAUUUAGGGUUAAUAUGACAAAUGAUGAGUUGGUAAUUUUGUUUUAAGCUGAUUUUAUUCAGGUUGUGUUUAUUUUUUAUCAUUAUUAUUAUUAUUUUUUUUAAAUCUACAUGUCUCAGAAUACAACCUACCGAAUUAGACAGGAUUUUAAAUUUAGGAGUUUUAUCAUAUUUGGAGAUGCUGGAUUUUACCUGCAUUGUUAAUAAUGCACUGUAUUAUAAUGCACUUCUUUUUGUGGUAAGUUGAAGUCAUAAUGAAUUUGGCUGUAAAAGACGCCUUUAAUGCCUUUUAACUUUUUGGAGUUUCUUAGUCUUAAAGUGAAACAUGAUACAACGAGUAAGAAAGGCUUAGUCAUUCCAUGUCUUGAAGCUCUCUACUCCAUCUGUAUUUUCCACCGAAUUUUUCCUGAAAUUGUUUUCACUUUUUGGUUUCCUUUGACUUGCACAAAUUAAGCCAUCUUAACCCUUUUGAACUUCAGAAAGCUUUUACCUGAACAACUUGGCUUUAGUCUUAUAGGCUCUGUUACUAUUAUCUAGUACAUGUAAUAUUAUGACAGUAUUCAUGUAGAUUGCAAGUAGCCAUAUGGAUUGUGUGUGUUUUUGUGUUAUGUCUAAUCUGUUAAAAUAUUGUCAAUGUCCAUUAGUGUGUUGUAUGUGUAUGUAUGUACUUAUGUUGGGCCAAGUUGUUCAUAAUUAUCAUGAAAAGAAACAAUGUGCAUUAAGCAAUGCAAUGUCUGUGGUGAGACAGGAACUCAAAUCAAAAGCAUGGAGGUAUUGCAUGCUUUCCUUAGCUAUGCCUUUAAUUACUCUAAUAAUACAGUCAUAGGACUGUUAAGCAUUUCCUCUAGGCAUUGUAUUGGAAGAAUACCUACUGUAUAUUUCCAUAUGGCGGGGGCAUCUCACCAUGUUGACAGCACUGAUAUUCUCAUCUUGCUACUUAACAAAUUCUCCUUGCCUUAGUGAUAUCUUAUAGCUAGUCUCUAUUUCUGUGCAAUGAAACCCAUCAAGUUUGCUCUUUGUGUUAUACUCUAAUAUCUAUCUAUAUGAAUGUUAAAUUUGAAAAUGCUAUCAAUAUGUUGUUCUUUUUUAUUUUCUCUCAAUUUCAAAUGUCUUUAUUACUUAUUGGUUUUCACAUUAAGUAGAAAUAAUGUACCAUUUUCCAUGAAAACCAGUUAAGUUUGAUUUUCUUUGUUUCUUUUUUAUUUAUUUCUUUAAUUUUUAGUGAUUUUUGUUUGUAUUAUCUGUUGAUGUACCAUGUGUUUUGGUGGUAUCCUUGUCUUACUGUGUGCAUAGAUUACUCAAGUAUUAUAUAAAUUUAAUUGACUAUAUUUGGGCUUCAUCCUAGCCACCUCAUUAGCUGUGAAAUAUUUCAACUCAAAUGAAAUCAAAACUAUUUCAAUUUCUUUCUUGUUUUUCUCAUGUAGUUUUUUCUGUAGGGAGAAGUCAGGAGUGUGGUGUGCAGUGACACUUGAUUACAAUCCUGUGUCAGAAGACAAUUUGCUAAAAGUUACCGAUUUUACUGUAAAGCCAUAAUUUGUUUUCUGAUACAGGUUUGUAGUCAAGUUACUUAAAAUAAGCCACCAGAUAUGUAAAUGUAUUUUUGCAAGUGCAAACUUCAAAUUUCUAGGAGUUCUGAAUGUAUUUGAGGAGACGCGUGAGUGUUGACUGUGAAAUUUGUGUGAGUGUGUGUGUGUGUAUGUAAAUAUUAUUUAUUGAGUGUGGUGUCUUCCUUGGUCUACAAGAGGAGCUUAAGCAUCACUUGAAUUUGUAUGCAACAUCUACUAUAGAUGAAUCUUUAUGGUUUGACAAAGAAAUUGCCUCAGGAGAAA